AAAACUCCUUCCUCCGAGAGAGGCAGGGGCGUUGGUUAGGUGAUGUCAUUUAACCGCUUUGUGGAUGAAGCCCCAUAUAGUGGGCCACAUUAAUGUAUGUAUUGUAUCUACUCUGUCCAUCUUAUAUUCUAGAUUAUUUCAGUGCAUGAGUUGAAAAUUGACGCAGAUCCAAAUUUCAAGUGGACCACAUCUACCAUUAAAAACAUUUUAUGGGCCACAAAAGUUUUGGAUCAAAGCUAAUAUUUGUGUUUUAUCUUCAUCUAGGUCCGUAUCUAGGUUUGUGUGAUCUUAUCAACAAGUUGGAUGGCAAAUAAACAUUAUGGUGAGCCCUAGGAAGUUUUUAAUGGUGGGCGGCCAGGGGUGGCUCAACAUUUUUGGGGACGGUAGGCAAGUCAUAAAAAUGAGGCAUUUUAGUUUAAAAAAAUAAAAAAAUAAAAUAAAAUUCAAAAUUAAACUAUAAAUUUGCUUCUUGCCUUUUUAGAUGCAAAAUUACUAAUUAAACUUUUGUAUUCAAGUUUACCCAAUAAAUCAGUUUUGAUAGAUAAAAUUGCUAAACCGUUCAUAAGGUGAAUCCUAGAUGGAUGAAAGGAAAAUAUAAAUAUCAGCUUAUCCAAAAUUUCUGCUGCCUGCAGAAAAGUUUUCAAUUGGUGAGCAUUCAAUAUCCACUUUUUUUCUGUGUUGUGGUCCACUUAAGCUUUGGUUCUGCUUCAUGUUUUUUCUAAUAUUCUAAAAUGGGAUGAAGAAACGGAUCAACGGAAUAGAUAUAACACAUAUAAUAAUAAUAAUGUGGACCCCACAGAGCUCAGGGCUGCAGGAAUCCCUAAAGUGGUCUGCACGCAAUCCGCAUCUAUUGUGAGAAUAAUGAAUUUCGAAUUGUAUAGUACUCUAGCAGUGUUAUAGUUAAUAAACAGUCAAUCCUAGAUUGUUAAUAUAGCAUAUUUUGACUCCAUCCAAACCGUCCAAAUUAGGCGAUCCAUUCUAGAUAGGCUAAAUUACAAAAAAUCCAUUGAUUUAAUUAUUCUAUCUUCCAAUUAGUGGGAAUUUGUAUGUUGAAUUCAAAUAAUUUAUUUAGUGUACAAGAAUCAACCAGUUAGGAGAUCCAGCCAUUGUGUGUUUUUGUUUUUAUUUUUCAUGAACCAUCUAAACUGGGACCCACUUUUAUAUCUGUUUAAUUUAAUUUAAAAAUAUUCAAAGGUUGCAUUUUCUCAUAGCAUGUGUAUAGAUUACCAAACGCUGACAGAGUAUUAAAAGCCUGAUCCUAUAAUAUAGGGCCUUCAUAAUUAGGGGGCUUAAGCGAUUGCCUCACCUGCCUACCCCUUAGGGCCGCCCCCGUGGGCGGCAUUGUUUCCGCUGCUUCCUGCGGUGUGGUUCACUUGAUAUUUGUAUAUUCUUUUUUUUUUUUUUUUUUGGCUCGUAAUAUAGAAUGAGCGGAAAUAUCGUAUGGACGGUUAUACACAAUAAGUGCAUAACGUUGGGUCCCACUGUCAGGGGCCUCAUCCAGCUAGCUAUGAGUCCGGAUCCUCUGUUUCCCAAAAGCACGACUUUCCUGCUUAUUUCGUCGUUUGCUGAAUAGUAAUUAGUACAUCUCAAUCACCGAUGCAAUUAUAGAGUCACACAGUCCUUUUGCUGCCUGACGCAAACAGGGGAUCCGUAUUCGCGAGCCAUUACCCCGAACGCGCCUAAUUCGCGCCCGAGAGGCGGGCGGGAGUUAUUGAUGCUCUGGAAGAGUAUGGUAGUUGACAUGCAGGCAUUUAGAUACUGUACACGUAUCAUAUAUUAACGCAAACUAAACCCCCAAAAAUAUCGGGAACACCGUACCUUAGUUUAACUAUCCUAAUGUUGACAACCUAUGCACUUGUUUCCUAAAUUUAGACCGUUGGGUAUUUUAGAUGCCCUUUAAAUGGUUAAUGAAUACGCUAAAGUAGUGUAGUUUACUAUUAUCAUCCAUCUGAAGAAAAAUAAAGAACUUGGUCAGUUUAAAUAGAGGUAUUUUCUUUAUAGGUUUACAAUUCAUGUUUGCCUGAGUAUCAAAUAUCAGGCUUUGUCAGAGUAUCAAAAUUUUUCUCACCAGGUGGAACGAAGGGGACAAGCACUUCUAACGUUCACAUUCUUCGACGCUGACGACUUUGACAAACUACAUUUCAAAUGGGCUGGCCCGCCCCCGCGCGAGUCCCUACUUUUCAAAUCUCUCUCUUUUUCUCUCCACAUGCGGCGAAAAACAUAUAUACACAUGAUUAGACAGCAACUAAAACCCUAAUACACCUACAAAAACCAGAACAACACCUCUGAGCUUCUCAUGCAACAGCUCUACCUUUAUCAUGGAUUCUAUCUUCCUACUACAAGGAGAAGCUCGAGCCAGCUUCCUCCGAACCAUUGGUCAAGCCCUUGGUUGCACCUAUAUUUGCAUAUGGUCCUACAUUCCUUCCGCAAACAACGUUUUGGUAUCCAUAGAUGGAUGGUAUAGUGUCAACAACGACCAGCCGAGCUCCUCUUCCGGUAGCCUCCCACAGAGUCUCUUCAGCGCUUAUCGGCAAUAUCUUUACAAAAUCCAAAAUGGCCGUGUCCCUGGAUUUGCUUUCAAGCAAGGAAUGCCUUGUCUACAGCUACACGAAUCGGAUCUUUUGACAUGGGCUUCAACUGAAAAUCAACGGCGGUUCUAUCAGGAAGCAAGGAUUAAGGUUGGUGCUGAUGCAAAUCUCUGUCUGUGAAUUCAAGCUUUGAGAUGUUUUGAAUAGCAAUGGAAAAUUGUUCUUUUUGUUAUGCCAGUUUGCCAUGUUCAUGGGGUGCAAAAGUGGAGAAAUUGAGCUAGGCUCAUCCGUGCUGAAUAAUGUAUAUGAA